UUUAAAACAAAAUCAAAAGCGGUGUUGUUUACAUUUUUAUAAUUUUUAUGUUAAUUUAAUUUAAUAUUAACUUCAUGUGUCAAGUUAAUUGCAGCAAUGAAAUCUAAAAACUUGAAUCUUCCACGAAAGACUACUGAAAAAGAACAAACAAACAAAACAUAUGACUUUGUAAAGUAUUACAAUACAUCAGAUGGAGAUUCCGUUAAUAUAAAAGAAAAUUUAAAUAAAAGUGAUCCCAAUGAUCAUGUGAAAAAACCAAUAAAACGACGGCAAAACCCUAAUAAAAUGAAAACGAAGGGUGGAAUUGUUAAUAUGUCCAAAAUAGACAUAGAUGGUACAAAUUUAAGCGCAGAAUCAGGUAACCGAUCGCCUUUAAAUAGCAAAGCUACGUCGACACCUAACGUUAGUAAAAAUAAAAAUCCUUGCGUAAAAUCAAUCUUGAAAGGUACCUCAGCCUAUGACAGCGUAGAUACUUCCAAUGUUCCCAGUAUAAAACCUAAAAAAAGAAAUAAAUCGGUAAGCCUUAUGCUGGAGGACAAUGAAGUUAUUAUUAAAAAAACGAAAUCAAAUGAUUCUCUAAUGGCUAAGAACCAAGAUACAGUUAAGACCAAUUUAAAAAAGAGUAAGCCUAAGAGUAAACUCAUAGUUAAAGAAGAUAAGGAGAACAAUAAUUUAAAAGAAAAUAAUACAGAUAAUCAAAAAGAAAUAACUAGAAAUAAAAGGAAACAACCAGGAAAGAAAAUCAAAAAAAUACCAGUUAAAUCUGAUCAAGAAAUGGGUGGUGGUGACAAUACAAGUAUUGUAGAUAUGAGCACAAAGGCUACAGAAGAAAAAAUAAUUGUUAACACAAUGAAUGAAAAAGCAACAGAAAUAAAGAAGAAGAGAAGAAAGCGAGGCAAAAAUCUAAAACCUACAGCAGACUCUGAAAUAGAGAGCACAGAAGACAAUGUAUUACUUGAUAAACAGAAACUGAAAAAAACAAAAAAAAAUAAACAUACAGUGGAAGGCUCUGAAUCUGAAGAACCUGCAAAGAAAACUAAAAAGAAGAACAAACCAGAAGUGAUUGCCAAAGGUAUUGAAAACCUUAACAUUGGUGAUAAUGCUCACACUUUAACCAACAUGCUAGAUGAGAUGAGUGUCGACAAGAAAAAAAAGAAAAAGAUUAAAAAAAACCCAAAAAUUUUGGCUUCUACUGAAUUGAAGCCUGAAUUAAACACUGAUGAAGUGAAGAAAUCAAAGAAGAGAAAGAAUAAAAAGAAAAAUCGUAAUUUAAAUGCUGCAGUACUUGUACAGAAUUUGCCAUUUUCUAUAAUUCUCAACUACCGGCAAUUAUUAAAAGAGCACUUCUCCAAAUUUGGAAAUGUUCAGAAUAUUGGAAUUGCAGACUUGAAGUGUGAUGGAGAGGAUCCAAAGCCAAUAUUUACAACCAGGAUAUUCUUCACAACUCCAAAGGAAGCACUGGCUGCUGUUGCAGAAGACAAAACAGUUUUUGAAAACAACAUAAUACGCAUAAAGAAAUACGUAGCGCCUGCAGAGAGACGAGCCACCUGGGUGAAUACCAUGAGGUAUAGGAAACCGGGAGAAAAAGAUCAAACAAAACCUGAGCCUGAGAAAAUGGCGCCCGAAGUUGACAGUGACAGCGAUUAAGUUGGCGGGAAAAUACUUGGAACAUUGUUACUAUUCAUAGUUCUAAUAAUUUUGAUCAUGUAAAGUGUUUUUAUUAAUAAAAAAAAAGUUUUUAAGUAUUA